GCUUCUCUCUCCCCUUCUGAUCGUCAAACUCCUCAAUCAUCUUCUCUCUCUAGGAACUUUUCUAUAUUUCUGGCCGCUUUCUCUCUCUCCAUAUGUCCAUAUAAUCUGACAGACAGGCAGUUUUUUCUCUACUUUUACACACCCCUGCCUUCUCUCCUUCUCUCUUUCGUUAUCCUUCAAAUGUACUUUGGUUAAGGUUUCCUGGUCACACACACCUUAGUAGUUUUUUAGUCUAUCUUCUUCUUCUGAUCCCAUCCGUUACACUCAAGAAACUGUCUUUCAAUUUCUCUUUUUCUCUACCAUUUGUUUGUUACAAAUUUAUGCAUCUUUUGUUGAUUUUUCUUUAACUAGACGCCAUUCUUGAAAUGGGUUUUGCUUAUCCUGGUUAGUUUCUUUAAAGGAUCGAAUACUAAGGAGUGAGAACCAUAACAUAAGCCAAACAGAAAAAGAAAAGAAAAGAUCACCAUGUUGGAUCUCAAUCUUGGUAUCACCUCUAGUGAUUCAUGCUGUGAAGAUAACAACAAGAACAAUAUGAUGGUAAUUGUUGAUGUUGAGAACCACCAAGAAGAAGAAGCAGCAGCUUCGAGGACUCAGCAAAUGGAAGAUUCAGCUACUUCAAACUCCUCCAUUACCAACACUACCGAAGAUGAGAAUUCCUCAAACAACAGUAACUCUGCUUUCAUUUUUGAUAUCUUGAAGAAAGAUGGAAACUUUACCAACACAAGCACGAUUAAUGCUUCGAAAGAAACAAGCCGGAACUGUGAUUUCACAACUCAACAACUUCUUCCUGACAGCACCGGGCUGGAGCUGAAUUUCCAGCCAGGAUUGGCUGUAGCAUCAGCUACAAGACCUCACUGGCUGAAGCUUUCACAGAUGGGGUCAAGUCCGGAGGCAGAGCCGAAAAAUGUGCAGCAAAAACAGCAGCAAGCGAGGAAGAGUAGGAGAGGACCAAGGUCUAGAAGCUCACAGUAUAGAGGAGUGACGUUUUACAGGAGAACGGGGAGAUGGGAGUCACAUAUAUGGGAUUGUGGGAAGCAAGUAUAUUUAGCAGGUGGAUUUGACACUGCUCAUGCUGCUGCAAGGGCAUAUGAUCGAGCUGCAAUUAAGUUUCGGGGAAUUGACGCGGACAUCAACUUUAAUUCAAGUGAUUAUGAAGAAGAUAUGAAGCAGAUGAAAAACCUUAGUAAAGAAGAAUUUGUUCACAUUCUUCGCCGUCAAAGCACCGGUUUCUCACGAGGUAGCUCAAAAUACAGAGGUGUAACUCUUCACAAAUGUGGCAGAUGGGAAGCUCGAAUGGGGCAAUUCCUUGGAAAGAAGUAUAUUUAUCUUGGAUUAUUCGACAGCGAAGUAGAAGCUGCAAGGGCUUAUGACAAGGCAGCCCUCGAAUUUAAUGGAAGAGAAGCAGUAACCAAUUUUGAGCCUAGUGUUUAUAAAGGAGAUGUGAUUUCCGAUCCUAACAAUGGAGGAAGCGGCCACAAUCUUGAUUUGAGUCUUGGAAUUUCUCAGCCAUCAAAUGAUCCUAAGAGGAAUGACAGUGUGGGAGACUCCCAUUGUCGUUAUGGUGGUUGUGAAAUACCCAGAAAAGAGAGACAAGUGGUGGAGGGCAGUACUGCUGCAGCACAUAUGGGUUUGCAGACCCUUUAUGGUUCACCAAUGGCAUCAAAGAACCUUCCAGCAUGGUCUGGCAUCUACCCUGGUUUAUUAUCAAGCUACGAGGAAAGGACCACAGAGAAGAAGGUUGAAGCUGUUUCUUCACCGAGAUUCUCAAGCUGGCCGUGGUUAAUAAAUGGCAGCAACAAUGUUGUUGCUACAAUGUCACAUCUCUCUGUUGCAGCAUCAUCAGGAUUCUCUUCGACGAUAACUGCCUCUUCAGCGACCCUUCCAUUCAACCAACAGAACCAUUUCGCCAGCAACCUGCGUCUUGCUGCAUCCUCCACAUCUUCCCCCAACCCCUCUCUUUACUCUUACAAGAGAUAAUUAAUGUUAAAACCUUGAGUGCGUUGUCCGUUGUGCUAAAAAUUAAGCAGAGGAAGAAAACUGAAUCAACUGGAGUCUUUAGGGUGGAUAUUGUUUUGAUUAUGUAAUAUAACAUGAAGCAUAGAUUGCUUACAA